AUGGCCGCCAAGUUCGCUGUCUCGUUGAUGGCCCUGCUCGGCGCUGUUAGCGCUCAGAGCUCUAGCUACACCAACAGCAGUUCUAUUGCUACUACUACCUCCUCGACCAGCCCCAGUGCAUCUGCUACUACAGUUGCGGGUGUAACCUAUCUUUGCAAAUGGACACAACGCAACUACUCCGAUGUCACUCCCUUGACUCUUUCCAGAAAGAGACAGGCAAACUCAGGCAUCGAUUCAUGUUUGAACACCUGUUCCGACAAUGUCCAAUGUGUUGGAACCUCGUUCUCCGACGACACUGGCACUUGCGAGUACUAUUCGCAGAUCAAUGAGGACUCUGAGACUUCCUCUCCUGGCACCGACUUUGCUCUUGUCCAAAGCCGCCCUGAUGCCUCAUCCACUGCCAACAGCACCACCUCUGCAACCGGAAGUGCUACUCGCCCCGGUGCCUCGGUUGGCUCCAACUCUACCACCAGCGCUACUGGAAGCGCUACUCGCUCUGUAAGCAUUACCGGCGGCGCUGGCAACUCUACUUCUUCCCGCACCUCUUCCUCUGCUUCCCGCACUUCUUCCGCCACUUCUGUCCCAAGUUCGCCCUCUACUCUCCUGACUUUUAACGGUGUCGUCUUCUUGCUUGAGAUUGACCGCGCCGCCGAAAAUUUGGACGAUUGUCUCCAGACAUGCAGUGCCAACUCGCAAUGUGCUGGAACCUCGUUCACCGACGGAACCUGUACCUUCUACAGCAGCAUUACUGAGGGCUCAAGACAACCAACAGAGGGCACCGAUUUCGCAACCGUCAUCUCCAGACCCGGCCAGGUCGGAGCCGGCAAUGGCAACACCAACGGUACUUCUGGAGCAGGCAACACUACCAGCCCUGUUCCCAGCAACUCUACUGCCGAGAGCUUCAUUUGCCCUACUUUGGAUGGUUCCGUCCUCUUGAGCAACCUUGAGAUCACCUUCACAGUCAGCUGUGGCCAGUUCCUGAUCGGUACCACAUACGAUGCUCUCGCUGAGAUUAACACUAAGCGUCAGACUAUCGACAAUGGCCUUCCUUCGACCCUCUCCAACUGUGUUGAUCUCUGUUCCCUGGCCGAGAGCUGUGUCGGUACUACAUUUGAGAUUGCCACUGAGCAAUGCACUUUCUACUCGGCCGUCUCCUAUGCUACGCCUCUUGACGGAUUUGACAGUGCUGUUAAAGCGGCAGGACAGGAUGGCAAUGGCAACGGAGCUGGUGAGGGCGUUACAACCACUACAGUCAUUGCUGGUGUGACUCAGACCGUGACUGUUCCGGCCGGCACUACAACCCAAUACGUUGGCGCCGCAUCCACCGCCACCGUUUACGUUACGAGUGUGAUCACUGUCACCCAAAAUGCUGGUCCUACCGGAUACCCAUCUGGAGCUACAGUAACAGAAAUUGUCCCUGUCAGCACCAUGACAUACGUUCCUAUCCAGACUAUCACCCUGCCUCAAAACUACGCUCAGCCCACUGUCACUGUCACAGUUGGUGGUGGUGCUGCAGCUCCUGUUCAAACACAAAUGGUUACCGUUACUGUGGAUCAAAACGGCAACGUCAUCGGUUCCUCUACUGCUGAUGCAGUUGCUGGUGCCGCUGGACAAGGCCAAAUCUAUCCUACAGUCACAGUUCACGACCUUUACUGCCCUACAUCCACUGCACCAUCCGUUGUCUGGACUACCGUCUUUGUGAGAUAG